UUGACACACAAACAAUAGGAUUUCUCAAAUAUAAAAUAUUAACGAGAGAGUAUAUACACUCUGGAGAAUAGAGAAGUUGUAGAUAGAGAACUGAUUUUCCAGUUCUUCCAAAUUCGUUUAUGUCUGUUUAAUGCCAAACUCAUCACUUGAUGGAUAUUCCAAGCAAUAAUCAUCAGCUAGAUGUAGAAGAAAAGCAAGUCAUGUCAAAAAAGUUAGAAAAGCAAGUAGAUGAUCCCAAGGAAGAGGAAAAGUCGAAGAAUGAAGAAGAGGAUAUGCAAAAUAAUGCCACUUUUCCUGUCCAUUCCAUAGACAACGGGAAUGGGAAAAGGUAUGCCAAUAUGGUUUCUGACUCAAAUUUGCUUAGUGACCAUCUCGGUCGAGAUAUAUCAAUCCAUUGUCUUCUUCAAUUGUCAAGAUCUGAUUAUGGUUCAAUUGCUGCAUUGAACAAGAGCUUUCGAUCGCUAAUUAGAUCAGGAGAACUAUAUAAGUUAAGGAGAAAAGCGGGCAUAGUAGAACAUUGGGUUUACUUCUCUUCUGAAGCCCUUGAGUGGGAGGCUUUUGAUCCAAAUCGUAAUCGAUGGAUGCAUUUGCCUAUAAUGACUUGUGAUCAAUGUUUUACGUUGUCAGAUAGGGAAUCAUUGGCUGUUGGUACUGAGCUUCUAGUCUUUGGAAAGGAAUUAAUGGCUCCUAUCAUUCAUAAGUAUAACUUUCUGACAAAUAUGUGGUCAGUUGGAAAAAUGAUGAAUACUCCAAGAUGCUUGUUUGGUUCGGCUAGUCUUGGAGAAAUUGCAAUACUAGCUGGUGGUUGUGAUCCACGUGGCAGCAUAUUGAGCUCUGCUGAGCUCUAUAACGCAGAUACUGGAAAUUGGGAGACCCUUCCAAACAUGAAUAAAGCAAGAAAAAUGUGUUCAAGUGUAUUUAUGGAUGGAAAAUUUUACGUCCUUGGUGGGAUAGCAGCUGACAAAAAAACACAACUUACAUGUGGUGAGGAGUUUGAUAUAAAGAAUAAAAAAUGGCGUGAAAUACCCAACAUGCUCCCAGUACGAACUGGAGUGUCUGAGACACCACCUUCUUUUGGGUCACCUCCCUUGAUUGCAGUUGUAAAAAAUGUAUUGUAUGCUGCAGAUUAUGGAAAACAAGAAGUAAAGAAGUAUGAUAAAGACAACAACUAUUGGGUCAUCAUUGGAAGCUUUCCUGAGCAAGCUACAUCGGUGAAUGGUUGGGGACUAGCAUUUCGAUCAUGUGGAGAUAAACUAUUAUUUCUUGGAGGUCGCACGAUGGAAAUCAAUGCUUGGAUCCCAAAUGAAGGAGAACCACAAUGGAAUCGGCUUGCAGGAAAGCAAUCCGGGAGCUAUGUGCGUAACUGCACUGUCAUGGGGUGUUAAUGGAAGUACUUUUACUUGUUCAAAUUAUUUUAUGUUUUCAA